AUGCAAAUGUUGGACAUUGAUUAUGAUUUGAUAUUUGGACUUUCAGAUCAUGCUGGAAAUGCUGAAGAAAAAGCUCCGGAUAAUCAUAUCUCUGAACUUUCGAAGCUAACUGAUGGCUCAACAUCACCUCCUCAAGAAAUAGGCGAAAGUAUGCAAAAUGAUCUAAUGGAGGGGGAGCAUUUGGAUUCGAACACUCUGACGGAGGGUGAGCAUUCUUUCGAGGGGGAGAAUGAGAGACAAAAUGCUGAUGUUGAGGGGGAGAGAUUAAAUGCUAAUGAUGAGGAGGAGCUAUUACAAAAUAAUGAAAAUUAUCAUGAUGUUAAUGAUGUGUGUUCAAUUGCAGGUUCAGAUAAUGAUGAAUUAGAAAAAGAAAAAAAGACUAAACGUUCGAAGAAGGUUGUUGUUGAAUCUUCUAAGAAAUGUGUCAAAGAAUCUACAUCAACAAAGAGUCUGAAGAAAGUACCAAUCUCAGAAGCCGAGCCAAUCCAACCAGAAGUUGUUGUUGCUGAUACCCCUUCGACUCAAAAGGAAAUCAUUCCUUCGAAGACUAGUGUUUUUCGAAAAAUCAAGAUGAAGUCCAAGCAUAAGAGUCGAUCACCUCUUACGAAUGUUGUUCGCAAACCACAGGUUUCGCAUCAAGGUGUUAUUUUUCAUGAAAUUCCUGCCCCUGCUUCACCAUCUUCUAAGAAGAUAAGGGCCUACAGACAUGGCCAAACACAUAUCGAAGAAGAAGAAGAAGAAGAAAGGUAG